CAGGACGCAUGCGCAGUAGCUGCUUGUUACCACGUGUGGAGAGCUAUGCCCAAGCAGCGCAGUUCUCGGGGCUCGGCUCCCCGUCAUGUCGCUCUGGCUGACCAGAUCCUACAAGAUGGGGCGGUCAGAGUCACCAAUAGAAGCAAGAAAAGAGGGCAGGGGGACGAGGACUUGCAGGAGGAGAGCUAUGUGGAUGAGAAGCUGUCACGUAAGAUCCUGGAGCAGGCCCGGCUACAGCAGGAGGAACUGGAGGCCGAACAUGGACCGGGAAGUCAGGUCACCAAGCAGAAGACAACUGUCCUCGAUUAUAAAAGCAAAGCUGAAAAUUCAGACUCGGAGGAUGAAGAAUGGCCCACCUUGGAGAAGGCUGCGUCUAUGGAUGCAGCAGCCUACAAUGAACAUGUGGAGGUGAACCCUGAAGAUGAGAAGGCAAUUACAAUGUUCAUGAAUAAAAACCCUCCAGUGAGACGGACGCUUGCUGACAUAAUCAUGGAUAAAAUAACGGAGAAGCAAACAGAGGUGGAAACAGUGAUGUCAGAGGUUUCUGGAAGACCAAUGCCACAGUUGGACCCUCGAGUGCUAGAAGUGUAUAAAGGAGUAAAGGAGGUUCUUUCAACCUAUCGUAGUGGCAAGCUCCCUAAAGCCUUCAAAAUAGUUCCUGCCCUAGCAAAUUGGGAACAGAUCCUGUACAUUACAGAGCCUGAGACCUGGACUGCUGCAGCAAUGUAUCAGGCCACACGCAUCUUCUCAUCUAACUUGACGGAACGUAUGGCACAACGCUUCUACAACCUUGUUCUCCUUCCACGUGUGCGAGAUGACAUUGCUGAAUACAAGCGCCUCAAUUUCCAUCUUUACAUGGCCCUGAAAAAAGCAUUGUUUAAGCCUGGUGCCUGGUUUAAAGGAAUCCUUAUACCUCUCUGUGAGUCUGGGACAUGCACCUUGAGAGAAGCUGUGAUUAUUGGAAGUAUUCUAACAAAAUGCUCCAUCCCUGUACUUCACUCCAGUGCUGCAAUGCUGAAGAUAGCAGAGAUGGAAUAUAAUGGAGCUAACAGUAUUUUCUUGAGACUGUUGAUUGAUAAGAAGUAUGCUCUUCCUUUUCGAGUGCUUGAUGCCCUUGUGUUCCACUUCCUGGCCUUCCGCUCAGACCGGAGAGAGCUCCCUGUUUUGUGGCAUCAAAGUCUACUCACACUUUGUCAGAGGUACAAGGAGGAUAUGUCAUCAGAACAAAAGGAGGCUUUACAUGAACUAUUGCGAAUCCAAAAUCACCCUCAAAUAUCAAAUGAAAUUCGUCGUGAACUGUUAAACUCUAAAUCCAGAGAUGUAGAGACCACAACACCCAUGGGUAUGGACUGA